AUGUUUUCCAUUUUUUGGCUUAAUUCUUUUUUAAUUUUUUGUUAUAUUCUGCUAUAUUCCAAUGGUAAUUGUAUGCAGAAAUUCGUUGAAGGAGAAAGUAAUCCACAACAAAAUUAUGAUGAAGGUUCAUCAUCUUCAAGUAUUCCACCCAUUCAACAAAUCCAAUUAAAAACAGAUAAAGGAAAGAAAAUACUUAUUGUAACUGAUGCGCAUUACUCAAGUUACAAUUUUUUCUUAACCCUUGCAAAUGUUUUAUGUCACAUCGGCAAGUAUAACGUGUAUUUACUUGUUGUUAAGUACAAUGAAAAUGUAAAUUCGAAAAAACCUUUGAAAGAUGUUAAAAUGAUACAAGUACCGUAUAUGAAGGAUGAAGAGUAUUCUAAAGUAUUUGACGUAAAUGAAUCUGAACCCAAUUGGAAUUCUAAAGAUAAUGGAAAGGAUUAUCAACCCUUGAAAGCUUUAGGAUUUUAUAUGUAUGCUGGAUAUAAAGGUAGCUAAAAAUUUGGCGGGAUCUUCCUUUUUAGGAAGGUAAUAUAUAUAGAUGAAUAUCGGAAUCUUUGUCAUAUGUUGUGUAUGUGCGCGCUUAAAAGGCUUCAGUUAAAUGACUCUAUCACUUGAUAAAAGGUUGAUUCUCAGGCGAUCACAUUCUCAAUUGAUCAUGAUAACUCAAUUGAGUCAGUCUAUCAACUUGGUGUUCGGCAAAAGAGUGAGUAGGAUUUCUAUCCAAAAUUCCAAAAAAUUGGUGACGACGACCUUUUCCUCGAAUGACCAAUUUUUUUUGGUGAACAAAACACUUAAUAGUACCAAAAUUCUAGUACCCAAUAUUCCGUUUUUUGACUUGGUGAUCAA